CUAAUGGCGCUGAUAGUGGAAGAUGACCCUAGUUUUGGGCUGUUUUUUAGUGUCAGCGUCUAGUCGUGUUUUGGGUGGGUGUGAACAUCAUAGAAAGAUUCAAAUUAGUACCCAGCUAAUCGGGUGUUCAACAGUUUUACUGCCAGAUAGAGUGGUCCAGGCCUUGAACUUGAAUUUAGAAGCUAUGGAUGCUCGGUCGCAGCCUCGUGUUCAAGCCAGAUUUUAUAAUGGCGAAAGCGGCUUAACUUUGGCUAGUGGUUCGAAAUAUCCGAAUAAUAUGGCAGUGGCUCAACAGAGACGUAAUGUCAGGACGGAAAAUACUUACUCACAGCCAGCAUCAAUGUCACAAGAGUUUGUUCUUCCUCAGGACUGGACUUACUAACCAAUAAAUGAUUGUUGAAGAAUGAAAUAACAGAAGACUUGAAGUUUUAGAAGCAGGGCAGAUUUUGUUAUUAGUUCUGGAUAGGGGAGAUUUGGGGAAGUAUAGAGUUAAGAUAGUUAUGAUGGUUUAAGAAUGUUUAGCAACAAAAGAAACAGGUCUGUAUUGGGUAGUUUUAGGGCUCAAAAAAGAAUAGUCCCUAGUUUGGUUUUAAAUUAGAGAAUUGCUAGUAUGAAAGAAUAAAAGUUUUCUAGUUUCAAGUGAUGAAAAGGAGAAGGAAAGAAGGUUGGGUCAUGUUGUGCUUAGAGCUACAACCUAAUUUCCUCACUUUUGUAUGGCAGGGGAAGUGAUCAAUAAUUAUACCAUUAUGUACUAGUUAUCCCUGUCCAAAUAUUAUCGUCUUUUGAUUUGU